AUAAUAAUAAAAUAUAUAUACUAGCUGGCAUCUCCUCUUUCAAAAAAUGGAUUUCGAUUAAUACAGUAUAUACAGUUAUACAUACUCCACAAAGAUUUCUUUCAUUCAUGGUGGCACAAGUCCCAUUUUAUAAUUUCUUUAUUCAAGAAAUAAACAAAAUAAAAAAUGAUCGGAGUUUCAAGAUUCUACUCACUGCUGUUCUUCGCCGCCGUUUUCUUCUUCGUCGUCCUUUACAUCCCAUUCAUGUGCCUCGCAAUCCGUUCCCUCCCCAGCAACGACGCCUCCACCGCCGCCGCCGACCAAUUCGGAUUCUCCAAGGCGCCGGACUACCGCAACAACAAUAACGGCAAUUGCCCGCCGACGCACUCAUCUUCCGGCGCCGCCGCGGCGCCGUGCCACUCCUCGCACAUCCACGUGGCGAUGACCCUCGACUCCGAGUACCUCAGGGGUUCAAUGGCAGCGGUGCACUCAAUCCUCCGCCACGCGUCCUGCCCGGAACAGAUAUUCUUCCACUUCAUCGCCGCCGAGUUCGACUCGGUAACCCCACCCGCCGCCCUGAGUCAACUCGUCGGGUCAACAUUCACCUCCCUCAAAUUCAAGGUCCACAUUUUCCGGGAAGAAAAAGUCGUCAAUCUCAUAUCCACAUCCAUCCGCUCCGCUCUCGAAAACCCGCUGAACUACGCCCGAAACUAUCUGGGCGAACUACUUGACCCGUGUGUGAAACGGGUCAUCUACCUGGACUCGGAUCUCAUACUCGUCGACGACAUCUCAAAUCUCUGGGCGAUCCAAAUACCCGAGGGCAAAGUAAUCGGAGCCCCGGAAUACUGCCACGCGAAUUUCACGCGAUACUUCACCGAAAACUUCUGGUCCGACCCGGAUCUGACCCGGGUAUUCGGAUCCAAGAAGCCCUGCUACUUCAACACGGGGGUGAUGGUGAUGGAUUUGGAUAAAUGGAGGGAGGGGCAUUUCGGGAAGAAAAUAGAGAACUGGAUGAAACUGCAGAGAGAGAAAAGGAUAUACGAGCUGGGUUCGCUGCCUCCUUUCCUGCUCGUAUUUGGCGGGAACGUGGGCCCCAUCGAUCAUAGGUGGAACCAACACGGCCUUGGAGGGGACAACGUGGCGGGAUCCUGUAGGAGGAUGCAUGCUGGUCCAGUGAGCCUGAUGCACUGGAGUGGAAAAGGUAAGCCGUGGAUUAGGCUUGAUCAGAAGAAACCCUGUCCGUUGGAUUACCAUUGGGAGCCUUACGAUUUGUACAACCCGAAAUUGAAGGUACAACCUCUUCAGUUUUAGGUACAACACUCGGAUUUAAAAAAAAAAAUUGUGAUUGAUUCUUUUUGGAGUAGUACACUGUACAGAAUGAGGUGGAUUUGUAGAGCUGGGGUAUAGUUGUAAUAUUCUUCUUUUUUUUUUUUUUUUUUGAUUUAUCCAGUGCACUUAUGUAAUUAAUCGAGGAUUUUUUUGAAUAAAAAAAAAAAUAUAAUUACGUGCAUUAAAUCAAUUCCGACCCCGAAAACAA